AGCUUUCACUAAAGUUUUUAAACGGGGUCUGCAAAUUGCAGGCAGGGUGUGAGCUUUUUAGCAUGUGGGCACUCGGUUGGUACUUCCAUCAACCAUUUCUUCAGGCUCAUUCACCAAAGUCAAAUUUUGGGAUCACAGCGCCAGCAUAUUUGGAGCAGGUAUAGUCUGCUGUUGGAAGGGUUGUCUUUCCACUCUCUCUGGCCUGCUAGCAAAGGACUGAGUGACAAAACCUGCUUCAAAGUUCAACAAAGCCAAUCACCUUUGCGCUGGUAGUGCACAGAACAGAUUAUGGAAAAAGAUACCAAGAAGGAGAAAGCGGCAACACCAGAGCUGAGCUCCAGCUCUCUGAAGGAGGAUGGGCACUUUUUUGACUUUGUGCCCUUUUACAAGCAACCGCAGUUCUGUGACCGGACUAUCCGGUUGGAAAUUCUGGAUGAUAGCCCGUCAGGAAACCGAGGAGGGGCUGAAGCCAGCAGACCUGCCCGGGAGAACACGGCAAAGGGAAAUGACAAAGCUGAGGGCCUUGACGGAGGGGAAAUCGACCCAGGCAAUGCUGCAGAUGAAUCCACGGAAACCCACUGCUCUCAAGAGGAGCUGCCGGCAACGGAAGAAGGGAGGGUUUCAGGCAGAAAGCGGGCCAGAGAAGAAGGGGACGAGCCAGGCAGGGACACGAGAUCGGAAUUGGCGGGUGAGGAUGCUGGUUCAGCUUCAGAGCGCCUGGACGAAAAGAGUAAGGGAGCCCAGGCUGCUGAUGGGAGUGACAAAGGCCUCGUAAGCAACGUCGCGGGCAGAACAGGGGAAGCAGAGAAGUCCGGUGAUGAAAUUGACGCCGGCCUGCAAAGGGCAGAAAAUCCCGAAGUGGCAGAAGAGCGGAGUAAGCAAGAAGCGGCGUCUUCCAGUGGUGCCGUAGACAAGGACGGACCAGAGAGCUCCAGGGGAGCGGAGGGGCCGGAGGAGAUCCCCAUUUCUUCGAUUGUUGUCGCCGCGAAGAGCCGCGUACUACGGGCGAUGCUGUCGAGCGACAUGAGGGAGGGCCAGAAGGAUGCGGCGAUUGUGGUUAAGGUCACCCGGCAAGAGAAGCGAGCUUUCAAGGAGAUGAUCGACUUCUUCUACAACGGAACCCUCUCAAAGCGCCUCCUCGACGAGGACUCUUCGACGCCGGAGCUUAUCGCAACGCUGCUUUUGGGCGACAAGUUCGAAGCGCACUCGUUCAUGGGGGCGGUCCUCGACGUUCUGCAAGAUAAGGUGGAAGACGGGGAAGACGCAGAUUUAGAAACGAUCGCCCUUCACAUCCCGGAAUUGCUGCAUCAAAGGACGGAGGUGCGGGAACUGGUAGAGAGUGCGGGGGAGGCGCUCGUCGCGAGCUUUCGGAACGUGAGCAACUGGCGGGUUUCGUUUCGCUUCUACGCGCUGGGCGAGAGCGCGAUCGAGUUUCUGUUGCGGUCGGAGGAACUAGAGGGGGGGGACGAAGUGGACGUCCUUGACGGCGCGCAAAUCUGGGUCCAGCAACAGUUUGACGCGCCGGAAGAGAGGGCGGAAGCGUUCCGGCGGCUGGCUCCGUUCGUCCGGUUUGGGUGCAUCAAGGGGGAGGUGUUAGAACGGCUGUUCGACAGCCCCGAGAUGCAGUCGCCCGAAGUGCAAAAGCUACUCCAGAAAGCGUUGGUGUAUCAAGCCUACUCGGACCCGAAGAAGCUGACGUCCAUCUCAGAGUUCUCUCGGGUGAGGGAGGGGUUCAGAAAAGACACCAUCGAACUUUUUUUCAACUUCGUCCUAGGUGAACGGGGCUUCAAGGUAUUGUCCCCGUGGACAGAAUGGAAUGGCAGGAAAUGGAGCCUGGCGAUCGAAAAGGUCCAAACUCGGGUCCCUCCAACGCUGGGCAUCAACCUGGUUCGCGGACCAAAAUCAGGUUCCCAAUCAAACGAGGCCGAUAUCAUCCAGACUCAGUUCUUUGCGAAAAGUUGGCCGAGCGGGUACUGGUCGUUGCUCAAAAGUGGGGUCUGGACAUAUGCCAAGGAGGAAACAGAGGGAAAGGGGAGCUGCAACAUAUUCAAGAAGUCGUGGCAGGAGCUGAAGGCGUCCGAGUUUGUAGGGUGCACUAACGAAAUCAUCUUUCGAGUCGUGGCGAAACGGCUAAUCGAAGACUCGGACUCGGAGUAAGCUUCACAGGGUUUGGUCUCAGUCUGUACAGAUUCAUACUCAUUACCUAAGUCCAAGAUGCCCCAGCUGUCUGGUUGCUCAAAACAGACUUCAGGUUACUUAUGUUCAUCAUUGCAUGCGCAGUUCCGCGCCCGCUCGAACAUCCGACAAGCCGGUUAGUAUUCUGGCUCGUACGUUAUACAAUCACUGCUGGGAAAUUAUCUGCACACUCAC